AUGUCAUCAUGGGUGCUAACCGUUUUGACAUCAACUAUAAAAUACAACGAAUACGUGACCGAUAAAGGUGAAAAUAUUUCAAUACCAUGCAUAGCUGAUGGUAAUAUCAUGUGGGUCAAAGAGAAUGGCAGCAAUAAUAAUACCAUAAUACAGACGGGUAAAUAUUUAAUUCUACGAAAUGUCUCAGCCUCUGAUCGUGGUAUCUAUGUGUGUUUUGCCGCUGUAACACCACGAAAAAGUAUUGCCACCACCACAAAAGCCCAUGAUGAUGAUGCUACAGACAGCAAUAGCCGCAGUGUAGCAUCUAUACCAACAACAAAAACAACAGAAACAGCUUCACCGCCAGCCUCCGCUUCAGCCAACAAUAUUAGCAGCAGCAUCAAUGAAACAAUGCCAGCAACAAGUAGCAGUUCAAAUGAUGUCACCAACAUUCACAGCACCACAGACACCACAAGCGCCACCAGUAGUAUCCCAAGCAGCAGUCACAACACUUCCAGCAAAAGCAACAACAACAACAGUACUAGUAGUAAUAUUCGUAGUAGUAGUAAUCCCAGCGAGGAAAUCCUUAUAACCACAACCACCACCACUACACUUCUCCCAUCCCCCGAGGGAGGUGAACACGAGAAACAGAAAGACGAUGUUGAUGAUGACGAGGAUGCUGUGCAGGAAUUUCAAGCAUUUCAAAAAAUCAAUCUUACCGUUCGUACCCCACCUGGUCCCGUUUCACAGUUGUACUUUAAGGCCUCCACGAUUUUGGGUUUCCUUGUGUGGCGUUUUAAUAAAACCAAUUCCGGUGGAUAUCCGGUGCGUAGCUUUACAGCGGAAUUCCGUAACGUUUCGUAUGAUACACCGCCGUACAAUAGUAGCUUUGAACAUCAAUGGAGUCGCAUGGAUCCCAUUAAUAUUGCACCGAAUGUGCGACAAAUGGAAGUGUAUCGCCUGGAACCCAACACCACAUAUGAGUUUCGCAUGUGGGCCAACAAUCACUUGGGCAGUGGCGAAGUGGUUACAACGAAUGUCACAACCCUGCCGGAAACGAAAGAAGAAGAUUUAAUACGCCUUAUACAACCCGAUUUAGAUAAUUUCGAUCCACGUAUCUGGAUUGUUGCCGUCAGUAUAGUACUUGGAACCUUUGUGAUAUUAGCUAUUGGAUUAUGUAUAGUUCUGACCCGAGAGUGCUAUCAAUCAUCUCAAGCCGAAUUCGAAAAUGGUUGGGAUAGCAUUGAAUUAAUACCGAACAUUAUCUUAAAUCCUGGUUUCUCCGAAACGGAAGAUGGCCAAUCACCGCCCAUUACAGCCGUUCCCCUGCCCACAUUCACCCGCACCAUUGUGUUCGGCGACGAAAGCGACAGCUGUGAAUCGGAAUCGGAUCAUGAACCGCGCAUGGAGAAAUUCAAACGUAAGUUAUCGGUAUUCUUUACAGAUCCCACCAUCAAACGUAUUUGA